UCUGCCAAAAUUCUUCAUACACGUUAGCCACAACACACUGAGGGUAAUUGGCUUCCUUCACUGCUUCUGAUUCAGGGAAUGAAAUGAGUUUGAUUCCUAAUCUUAAUCCUAAUCCUAAGCAAUCUUCGUUUUGUAUAAAAUGGCCAUGGGAUUCUUUAAACCCUAACCCUAAAAUUUCCCAAAACCCUAACCCCUGCAAUUAUGAGGCUCCUUGGUUAUUCAAGUCUCUCCAAAACCUUGGAUCAUUUGCUUUCAAUUUUGCCAACUCUGUUUCAAAAUUUUCAAAUUCACAAACUCCUCGUAAUUCAUUGGAACCGAAUGAGAACAAUAGUCACAAUAAGAGAUUGAAUUUGACAUGGAAUAAGAAGAAAACAACUCUCAAUGGUGUCGACCAGGCAGAGGCGGAGCAGCGAGCGUUUGCUGCUGCUCUGGCAAGUAAUAAAGAGGCUACCUUGCUUGAGUUUUACUCGCCGAAAUGCAGGCUCUGUAAUUCCUUGCUUAAUUUUGUUUUGGAGACGGAGAAGAGGAAUGCUCGUUGGCUUAAUGUUGUCAUGGCUGAUGCUGAGAAUCAGAUGUGGUUACCAGAGCUCCUUAAUUAUGAUGUUAGUUAUGUCCCCUGCUUCGUGCUUAUUGACAACAAAGGAAGGGCCCUGGCUAAGUCGGGUGUCCCAAAUAGUCGUUUACAUGUUAUAGCUGGACUCUCACAUCUUCUCAAAAUGAAGCGUCCUCAACAAAGUUAAUGGAUGACGGGCAUGAAAACCAACAUUUGUUUGCGGUACUGUUCUAUGAUCCUGUUGCACUUCUUAUAUAUAUAUAUAUAUAUUCUGUUGAGUCUGUUUUAAUUGAGAUGGGAUUUCUUCUGCUUUCUGUUGGAAUUUGUCCCACAUGUAGUAGUAAGGUAUGCUUCGAGUAAGAAACAUGCAGUACGAUUGUCCAUGUAAUUAUCCCUUCUUUAGAUUCAACAUGUGAACUUAAUUGAAUCAUAUUUUAUA